AUGGCUGAAUUGUUUGUUCCAAAGAUAAUAGAUGAAUUGGGUGAUGUUGUCGUGAAGCAGCUCGGGGAGAAGAUUAACCUGGUGAUGGGGGUUGAAGAGGAGGUGGCAAAUAUCAAAAGAAAGUUAGAAACGAUUCAAAAUGUGCUGCAUGAUGCAGAGAGACGAAGGCAGAAGGAGAAACCAGUCGCAAAGUGGCUAGAAGAGCUUGAAGACAUAACAUAUGAGAUGGAUGAUGUCCUGGACGAAUGCAACAUCAAGAUUCAGAAACCAAAAUAUGAGGGAACUCAUCAGAAGCAGCCUACAUUGCGGAACAAGGUUCGUUCCUUUAUCCCAUCCUGUUGUUCAUGUCUUAAACAACUUCCUGUGCGUAGUGAUAUUGCUUCGAAGAUAAAGAAAAUAAAUGGAAAGCUAGAAUUAACUUUGGAAAAGGCGCGCCAGUUCGAAUUUAUUUCAAGUGGGGGGAUUCCUGAUUCUCAAGAUUUUCAGCGAAUUAUGACUACCUCAAUCAUAGAUGAAUCAGGGAUCUAUGGUCGAGAAUCUGAUAAGGAUGCUUUACUUGACCAAGUAUUGUCUGAGACUAGUAGUAGUCAAGGAAGAGAUGGAGUUCAAAUUAUCUCUAUAGUAGGGGCCGGGGGUAGUGGAAAGACCACACUUGCCCAGCUGCUCUUCAAUAAUGAUGAAGUGAAGAAUCACUUUGAUUUUAGAAAUUGGAUCUGCGUAUCGGAUCCUUUCGACCAAAAAAGGAUCGCAAAAGCUAUCCUUGAGAGUGCCGGAAGAGGUUCUCAUUUCAUGUUAGAGUUGGAUUCGUUGAUCCGACUUAUAAAAGAAACUUUUUCUGGUAAGAGAUUCCUGCUUGUCCUAGAUGAUGUCUGGACAGAGGAUGACUCAAAGUGGAAACUGAUAGGGUGUUAA